CUCUCCAGGGGUAGGCCGAUCACUUCCAGAUCCACUACCACCUUCACCUCGCCGUGUUGUGCGUAUACAUGAGCACUGGUGCCCAGUUGCACGCUUCUUCUUCCAGUCACCCUCAAUUAGACCCCCUUGGCUGGUGCCUAUUAGUCUACCAUGUUGCUUAGAGGUUUGUUGGUCGCUGCCUCGUUCGCCAUUCUGAGCCAUGGCGUGACCAUAAUUCCUGGCGGUGAGCCAAAACCGUACACGGGAGCCGUCGGGGUUUCGUCUGUGGAUGAGUUCUUCAGGCUGAGCGCGGGUAACGAGUUCCUGAACAACUCGGCAGAGGUGCUCAUGUCAUCCUUCGACAACGGCCCCCUCUCCAAGGACGAUGGGAUCCACGCCUCCGGAGACAGUUUCAUCCGGGGAGCCAUCCAGGCCUGGGGCGAGCACCUGCACCUCGUUAUCCGACCAGAGGAGGUCUGGUUCACGAUCCUCGUGCAGAUGAACUUCUACAUGAACGCCCACGCCGAAGAUCUCCGAGACAUGUUUGUCGACCACGACGGCCAAGAGCUCAUCUACAUCGAGGAUCUCACCUGGCACGACGUCCUGCUCCGCUUCCAGGACGAGAUCCAGUCGCGCGUCAAGACCGACUGGCUCCUAGACUGGCUCACCCCCAACUUCACCACGUCGACCGCCGACGACGCCAUGACAGCCAACAUCCUGAUGAUGGGCCUAACCAAAGCCUACUUCAGCUUCGAAGGCAGCAUCAUCUGCGGCCUCCCAUCCGUCACCCUCCUCGGCACCCAAUCCGACUGGUCCGCCCUGCUCGCCAAGCUCGACCGCCUCCCGGCCUUCGGCCCCGACCCCGCCGCCUACAAGACCCGCCUGACCCCGAUCCUCUCCCGCUUCGUCUCCAGCUUCGCCGACCCGGACGCGCCCGCCACCCGCGCCUUCUGGCGCCAGAUCGUCUCCGCCACGCCCAGCCACGUGUGCGGCGCCCCGCCGUACCACGUGUCGGGCUGGAUCACCGGCUUCUAUUUCUGGGACGCCGAGGGCGCCCCGUUCGCCCGCGCCGGGGAGGAGGGGGGGUUGGCUCUCGACGGCGUGACGUACCCGAGCCUGGACCUGACGCGCAACGUACCGGCCGGGUACGCGCGCGCGCCCCUUGUAAUGCACGACUAUGGAGGGGAGGAGCGGUUCCAGGCGUUUGUGGCGGCGGGUACGCUCGGGAAGCGUAUCGUUGCAGGGGCGCCGGAGGGGUACGGCGCUGCGGUGGAGCGGGCUGCUGCUGCUGCUGGGGGCGCGGUGGUGGAUGGGGAGGGGGAGGCCUACGAGGAGAGUGAGCAUGGGACGCUCAUGCCCCUUUCGUCGUGGAUGCUGUACGGGCCUGUCGAGCAUGAUGGGCCGGAGCAGCGAUGGGUGGCUGAGCAGGAGUUGUCGGACCUCACAGCGGCGAUUAGGAGUAAUUUCAAUGAGACGCAGUGCGCCGCGAACGUUUGAUUGGUAAUUAGCGGUGCUCGAGGCGGUGGCCACUCCCCGGGCUUUUUAAAUAGCAUGGGAAAUCAUCAAUUAUUUCGAC